AUGGCCCCGGCGCCCGCCUCGCGGUUCACGCUGCUGGUGAUGCAGCCGUGCGGAGCCCCGGAGGAGACGGCGGCCGGCGGCGGCCCGAGGCCGGCCCCCGCGCCCUGCCGGCCCGCCGCGUACCCGGCCGAGGCGCCGGGGGAUGCCGAGGAGGACGACGAGGCGGAGCUGCUGGACACCUCGGACCCGCCGGGGGGCGGCGAGAGCGCGGCCAGCCUGGAGGAGCUGGACGACGAGGACGCGCACUCGGGCGGCGAGGGCGGCGGGCGGCGGCGGGGCGGCGGCGCGUGCAAGACGUGCACCUACGAGGGCUGCAGCGAGACCACCAGCCAGGUGGCCAAGCAGCGCAAGCCGUGGAUGUGCAAGAAGCACCGCAACAAGAUGUACAAGGACAAGUACAAGAAGAAGAAGAGCGACCAGGCCCUGAGUUGCGGGGCCUCCGCCGCGGCCAGCAGCGCGGGCAGCGUCAAACUGGAGGAGGGAACCAUCUCCCUAAUUUAGUAGAUAAAAAGAAAAACGAGCUCAGAUAGAACUACAAGACCUACUCUUUUAGAACAAGUGUUAAAUCAGAAAAGAUUGCUAUGUGCCUGUAAGUCAUUACUAAGAAGCCCAGAAGUUGUACAGUUUUUACAGAAACAGCAGCAGCUAUUAAGUCAACAAGUUUUGGAGCAAAGACAGCAACAGUUUCCAGGAGCACCUGUGUGA